UUAUCGUUUCGCGUGCACGAAAUUCGUAGGUUUAAUUAGACUUUAACUACAAAAUCCUAUUUGUUAUUAGGAUUUCGAGUCCAAGUGCUUAAUUUCCCUUUUUCCGAUAUUUCGUGUAUAUAUAUCGUACCUGAUGUACUGCUCUUCAUUGCAGAUUCCCGAUGUCUCCCCGUCGGUCUCGACCUUCCGGGAGUCACCCUUGCUCGCAGCAUGGCAUGGAGGAGGCUCCUACGACAUCGUCUCCAGUGACCUCCUGCUUUGGGGUCGAUUUUCCCGGUGGUAGCUUUCCUGUUCAUGCGAACACCGGUUGCAGCCGUGAGGUCUUUUCGUCGACUUCUGCUAGGCGGGUGGUUGAUCCGUUCCCGCAGUUUGACAGGGAUCGUUCAGACGAGUCCUGUCGCCUGAUACGAGAUGGGGGGCGUCACUGUUUACGCCAGCUCAUUACUGACGCUCCUUUUACCGCGGAUGCUACGUCCACCCAGGCUUUGAAGAAGCCGGACUUCUUGUUCGGUGAUCAUGUGGAGGAUCCCGACACAUUGACUUUCUCAGAGGAGCAUUGGCUAAAUCUUGAAGAGAGUGCCCUUCUAUAUAUUCCUUCCGUUCCUCGUCAUUGUUCCUUUACUCAUCUGGAGGGACAAGUUGUGGAAAGACGGAUGUCUUGGGACCUCACUGAUGACGCUGUGCGGGUUCAGUGUGGGUAUGUUUCUCAUGGGAAGACCCCUGGUUCAGGCGGAUAUCAUCCUGUUCGUGGUCUACGACCCGGGAUCAUGGGCCUUGACGCCGCACCCCCAGACGAGAUGUUUACAGUUGCUUCUACAGUGAGGAACAGGUUGGCUCUCCUCGGGAGAAGGCUUCCUCACCCGGAGUUCCGAUGCUAUGGUUGGGCUUCUUCUUUACCCAAGGGGUGGUGGCCCCGUAUGACCGACUAUGUCUUGGGCCAUUGGGAGAAGAUUCUGAAGAGCAGUGGCCUGAAAGUUGUUCCUGUAGGUGAUAUAAGACCUAGUGCAUGUCUUUGA